AUGAUUUCAGCAUGUCAUAUGAUAUACGAUUGUUGGGCCAUUGUUGCAAAACAACCAAUUCACGAUCCACCAAGUGUUGUGCACCAUUUCAAUGUGACGAUCGGUCUCUCAGUGAUCCUGUGGUGUACCUUGCUCGGCGGCCUUGUCGAGGGAGUGGUAAAUGACAAGGCUCAACGACGGGACGCCCCGCUUCUGGACUCCUACGCUCCGACGCCCUCUGGUGGAGAAUCCCUCGGCCUCCCAGUUCCCGUUUACGGCGUCCCAGACGCUCCCGCUAUUAAGUAUCCCGCGCCCCCGCCCGACAUUCCCCCACCGCCGCCAUCCCAGCAGUACGGCGUCCCAAUCCUCAAGUACGGCCCGCCCAAGGUGCAGGUGGAGUACGGUCCGCCGAUUCCCGCCUUCAAGCCCGUCCACCAUCACAAGCCCCACUUCCACACGGCUCCGCAACAGGAGUUCUCCUUCUUCGACCAGCUAAAAUCCUCGUUGGGCUUCUCAUCCGCCAAGCCCGUGUACGGUCCGCCGCCGCACAAGCCCCACUUCCCCAAAUCCUCCUACGGACCGCCAUCCUUCAGCCACGGCAGCUCCCACGGUGGAUCUCACGGUGGCUCUCACGGUGGCUCUCACGGCAACUCCUACCAGUUCCUCACGCCUCCGGCGCUAGGAUUCGGCCCGAAACCCUCUAAUUCCUAUGGUCCACCAUCCCUGGCCAGACCCUCCUUCGGCGGCCACCACCACGGCAGCAGCUCCUUGCCGCCGACUCCCCCGGAAAUCCGCUGCGACGGGUGGAAGCCCAUCCCCGGUCCCGCCAUCCAGCCCGAAACCUCCUAUGGUCCCCCAGCCAGCGGGAUCCCGCACUCCGCCCCAGCGGAGCCUCAUCACGACAAUCACGUGCACGAAGAGAUCGGCGGCCUUGAGCUGCCGCACGCUGAGCCCUCGGUUCAAUUCCACGGCGACUUGAACGGAUUUGGACUCGGCGGAGCUGACGUCAACGUGAUCAAGAGCAAUUCAUUUGAGCUUUCCAACAACCACAUCGGAGAUAGCUACGGACCACCGCCGCCAGUGUCUAUCUCGACAUCUUACGGACCUCCGGGGCAUCACGGAGCACCUCUGGCAAUCAAUCACGGCUCGUUCGGACACGGAUCUCACGGGGGCCACCAGAUCUCAACCUCUUACGGGCCCCCUUCGUUCUCCUUCCCCAAGCCCGUGUACAAGGUGCCACCGGUGGGUCUGAUGCCGCCCAGUGGCGUUUACGGCGUCCCGCCGGGCGGCACUUACGCCGGUCUGGCCAUCCAGCACGGCACUGUGAGUGGGAAUCUCAAGCCUUGGCCUGUGCCCGGAUCUGCGCCCAAGCGACCCAUUCCAUUCCGCGCCCCGGUUCCGCAGGGUCUGCUCGAGUCCAUUGGACACAAUGUGCAGCACUUGGACGCGUUCGGCGUGAAGCAGCACCACGGCGGCGGAGUCUACUUGCCGCCGCCGAGUGAGAUUCCUCCACCGCCGCACGGCUUGCACGCGCUGCCUUUGGAGAACUCCCAGAGACCUUUCCUGAGCCAGCACAACAUUGGAUACUCACACGAGGGUCGCGGUGGCGGUCACGAUUGCGGCCACGGACCGCAGGUGUUGCAAGACAGCUACGGACCACCGCCAUCGGGAACAGUUCAGCCUACAGCUGAGGAAGCUCACGGACUCGGCUUCGAUGUGCACGCCGGAGGAGUGGGCGACGUUCCGGUGGGACAUCAACCUCAUGCCGUCUAUGGCGUGCCAGAUUUUGGAUCAGGCUUCCACACAGGAGGCGCGGAUUCACUGGCGUACGACACAGAAGUCAGGACAGCCUCAAUUCCGGCCACACAGUCCAGCGCUGAAGCUGCAGAGGAGGAGAAGACCAAGGCUGAGGUGUCAGGAUUGACGGGAUUGGACGUGAUCUCAGCACAGAAGUCGCAAAGCAUAACCAUCCCGGUGCAGGGCAGCUUGGGAACGUACCAACUGCAGUUCCAGUCCGCCGAUCCACUGUCCGGCGGCGAUGGCAACACAAUCGACGGCGCUCCGCAUCAGCAAUUGCUGUCCCAGGGAUUGCUGCAGUCCAUCCUGUCGGCCAUCGAGCAGCCCCAUGAGCAAAAUCAGCAAGUCACCGAGGACGUGCACAGUGAUCACGACGAUGUUGCGGUGUUCGUGAAGAGUCCAGAGGGUCAGGAGGCUCUGGCUGAGCCCACGCAAUCCACGCACACGCAUCCGGAAUCGCGAUAACUGCGCGCACGCGGCGCAUCACCUUCCUAAAGAGACUCUUAGUGUGUGUUAAGUAAAUUAUUAAGGGGGUAUAGAGAGACCACAGAAGAACCGUUCCACACUCUAGUGCUGCCAUAUUACGUCCUCAGACACCGCAUCGUGGGAGGGAAGACAGGGGUUGACCGCGGUUCUGGCAAUUUAUGGGGUUGCGACACUGCUUCGCUCGCGGGAUAAUUUCUGGCUGGGAAUCACUCUGAAAUGACUGCUUUUCAUUUUUUUGUGUAGUUAAUGG